GUCAUAAUGCUACGAUUUUAUAGAAAAGUUCACAAUUGCGUCGGUAAGCUCAUUUUUGCGUUAACGUUCAUACAUGUGUUUACACAGAUACGUACGUGUGUGUUUGUUGAUAUAUGAAUGUAUUUGAUUGCUGCAUUAACAGCCGGAAAAGCACAUACAUAAACAUAUGUGCAAGAAAUUAAAUUAAAUUAAGAAAAUAUUGCAAAUUGUUACAACUGGUGAAGUUCAAAGAUGCCACAACAACGACGCAAGCUUCCGUUCAGUGGCAAAAAGAAGAAGGAUCAAUUGCUGCAGAAGCGCAACUCAAAAGGCCCACCGAAGUACUUGCGCAGCACACAGGAGUCUUACGAGGAUAGCGAUGCACCUGAGACAACCGCGCCCCGGAAGCUCAUGGAGCAGCCUUUUAAUCGCGGCGGCGGCGCUCGCAAUAAAAAUUUGAAUCGUUACAAUCUGCAGUUCACACAGGAGAGCAAAAAGGAGCUGGAGCUAAUGAAGCAGGAAGGAUUUAAACCCCUCGAUGUGCUAACGGCAACAGAAAGGGAAAUUGACGCUGGCUAUUUUGAAGGUUUCGAUUUUCCUGUGCGUCCACCUUGGAGUCUUGAGAGCAGCAAAGAACUUUUGGAUCGCAAUGAGAAUCGAUACUUUAAGGAAUAUGUUGAUGAACUGUUUAAGAAGAAACAAGGCGUGGAUAGCAAAGAAAUAUCCCUCUUUGAGCUCAAUCUGGAAACCUGGCGUCAGCUUUGGCGCGUGCUCGAGUUCUCAGAUAUUCUACUUAUCAUUGUGGACGUACGUUUUUCCUCUUUGAUGUUCCCACCAUCGCUCUACGACUAUAUCAUCAAUACGCUUAAAAAGCAUGCGAUUGUUGUGUUUAACAAAGUGGACCUAGUUGCGCCCGAGGCUGUUGUUGCCUGGCGACAAUACUUUAAUGAACGUUAUCCUGAACUUCCUGUUGUGCUUUUCGCAUCUUAUUCUGCGCGCAGCCACAAGGGAUCCCAAGGUGGUCGUGGUCGGAUGUCUCAUCGAAGGAGCAUGGAGGGCGUUUACAAUAUAUAUCGAGAAUGUCAGCGUUAUGUGCAGAAUGAUGUAGAUCUGUCCGCCUGGGAGCAGAAGAUCCGUGAAGAUAUGCGCCAUGAGGAGGUGAACAUACUGGACAGUGACAACGAGACAAUAAAGACUCAGGUCGAAGGAGAGCUGAAGAUUAGUAGCAGCAUUGAUACCACACCACAUCAUCAUGUGAAAUAUUAUAAUGGCGUGCUGACCGUUGGCUGCAUCGGAUAUCCCAACGUGGGCAAGUCCUCGCUGAUUAAUGCCCUCAAGGGGCGUAAAGUUGUCAGCGUCAGUCGUACGCCCGGACACACGAAACACUUUCAAACCAUAUUCCUCACACAGCAUGUUCGCCUCUGUGAUUGUCCUGGUCUGGUCUUUCCCUCGAGCACACCGAAAUCGUUGCAAGUGUUUCUCGGCAGCUUUCCCAUCUCUCAGUUGCAAGUUCCUUAUCGUUCGCUUAAAUUGCUAGCCGAGCACAUUAAUUUGCCGCAGCUCUUUCGUCUAAGUCUCCCAGAAGACUACGACGAGUGGUCGGCCGUGGCUAUUUCAGAUGCUUGGGCGUAUAAACGUGGCUUUCUGACAGCUAAAGCAGCUCGUCCGGAUCGUUAUCGUGCUGCCAAUCACAUUUUACGCAUGUGCCUUGCUGGUCAACAACAAUUGGUGCUCCAAUUUUAUCCUCCCGGCUACGAUAAGCAGCGUGAGAGCUGGCUAAAUCAUCCAGAUCUGGAAGGUGUUAUCAAAUAUCAACAGGUGGAUGUUGAAGAGCCUGAUAGCGAAACCAAUGAGGAUACAUCCUCCGUGUGCUCGGAUACCCCUGGCAGCGAUGAGGAAGACGACGAGGACAGUUCUAAUGAUGAAACCAAUGCCGAUGAUGAUGAAUGCGUUGACCAACCCACACGAUCCCGCAACGUCUUUACCCUGCUUGAAGAUGAUUAGCCCGUACACUUGGCAUCUAUAAUUUAUUUAUAUUUUGAUAAACAAUAUUAAAAAAAAAUUAACAAUAUUUUGGUACUCUAUACAGACAAAUAGAUUUUGCUAAUAACACGCAUUUAUUUGAUCAAUUCCAAAAUAAAUCUAUAUAUUAAA